AUGACUGGUUUGGACGACAGAGAGACAACAACAAUGAUAGCUUUGCUGCUGCUGCUGGCACUGGUGCCCCUCUCUUUUGCUCGGCCUCUGUCACCUGUGGAUAAAGACAAGCAGCUUUUAGCAGAGGUGAGAUCUGACUUCUCUAAUUUAUCAUCUCAGCACUUUAAGUCAACAGAAAUCUGAUUUUCUUCAUCACUGGGAAAAGACUCCAAAGAGACAUGUAAAGGAGCAAUCCAACUCAUUUUUAUGUAUCAUUAUGAAUGUCAUUCAGCUCCAUGUUUUUUCACUCAACAGAAGUACCUGCGGCGCUUUUAUGGCCUUCCAGUCGGUCUCCAAGGAAAAGAGGGGUCUUCAGAUGCCUUCAAGACAAAGGUUAAGGAGAUGCAACGAUUCUUUAAACUCAAGGUGAGCAACUUUGAAAAGUUUUUAUUUGUUUUGCUGGUAAAAAAAAAGCAUCUAAGAUUGUUGCUAUUGGAAUGAUAUUGCUUUAUAUUUCUUGUUCUGUUUGGAAACACAAAAUACCAUCCAUAAUUUCCUAAAACAAUCAACCAUGAAAUUAAAAAAGAACAUACACUGAAGGGUUGAAGUGUUCAAUCAAUUAAUCAAACUUUAUUGAUAAAGCACUUUUCAGACAAAAAAAUGCAGCACAAAGUGAUGCACACACAAAAGGACGCUCAGUUAGGACUCUUCAAGCUGCCACAGAUGACUGAGGAAAUGCUAUCUUGAGUUAAAAAUGAGGAAACACUGGACCUGAGACUAAAACAAUUAAACCAUGAUGAGAUAUAAUAAAAGUCAUAAAGUGUGUAGAGUUAAUUUAAAUAAAAGUCAGUCUUAAAACCAAACAAUAAAAGAAGAUUGAUAAAAAAGAGGUAAUAAAACACAAAAUAUUGCAGAAUAAAAGAUUGGAAAAAAAACAAACUAAAAGCCAGACUAAAAAAGGUAGGUCUUGAGUUUGUUUUUAAAAAUGUGAACAGUAGGUGUCGCUCUCAGGUCUGCAGGUUGACUAUUCCACAGGUAGGGGCCAUAAUAUUGAAACGAUGAUUCACUGUAUGUUUACAUUUAAAGACCACUCCCCGAAAACCUGAGGUCUCUACUGGGAUCAUAUGGUAAAAGCAAACCAGAUAAAUAGGAAGGAUCUUAAAAUCUAUUCCAAAAGACAGAGGUUGCCAAAGCAAAGACUCAAAAACCGGUGUAAUGUUGACCACAUAAACAGCCCAAUGGAUGUUUUUGAGCAGUUUUGAAACAUAUUUUCUUUCCACCUCUUUUGCCUUUGAAGGUAACAGGAAAUCUGGAUGAUAACACUUUGGAGCUGAUGAAGCAAGCCAGAUGUGGCGUGCCAGACAUCGGGGAAUACAACCAUUUCCCUCGACAUCUGAAGUGGGAAAAUAAUAAUGUCACUUUUAGGUAUGUAUCAAGAUAAAACCACAAACAAAAUAUAACAGGUGACAAAUAUGUUUUUGCAAGUAGUGGGACCACUCUCAUAAACUGGAAAAUAACCCAUCUCGAUUAUUCUUCAUGUUUCAGGAUCGUAAAUUAUACACCAGAUCUGAAGAAGACUGAUGUUGACAGAGCCAUCCGCAAUGCAUUAAAUGUUUGGGCUGAUGUCACCCCUCUGAUAUUUAAGAAGCUACACAGUGGAAUUGCUGAUAUCAUGAUCAGUUUUGGAUCAAAAGGUACAUAAAACUUUUUUCUACUGGCUAUUACUUAUGACAUUAAUGCCAGAUUCUCUGUACUUAAGCUGUUUGGCUGUAAGUGAACUAGUUGCUCAACACAUUUAAAAAUAUCCUCUCUUAAUGCUCAAGAGCACGGAGACUACAACCCUUUUGAUGGGCCGAACGGGCUGCUGGCUCAUGCCUACCCACCCGGGAAAGACAUCGGAGGAGACACUCACUUUGAUGAGGAUGAACACUGGAGUAAGGAUUCAUCAGGUGAGAAAUGUGGAUAGAAGUCACUCAUCUUUACCUCAGUGACUGCUUCUGAUGAAUAAGUGAUGUUGUUUGAAUUAUAUUUUCACUGAGCUUCUUUGCCCCCACAGCGUACAACUUGUUUAUAGUGGCAUCUCAUGAGUUGGGCCACGCUCUAGGGAUGUCUCAUUCCUCAGACGCUGGGGCCCUGAUGUAUCCCGUCUACUCCUAUGCAACUGGCUACCCGCUGGCUGAAGAUGACAUUGACGGCAUUCAGGCUCUCUACGGUGGGAAAGAAAACAAAAAAGUCAUAAUCUUUAUAUAUUUAAGUCAACUUGGACUGUCAUGCUAUCUAAGAUUAAAAAUAUGUUUUUAUACUACUCUACAGUAUUGUUAUAUUUCGUGAGCAGAGUAUUAAUUAUAGAUUUCUCACAGGCCCGAACCCAAACCCAAAGAAAGUGAAGCCAAAGCCUGAUGCACCAAACAAGUGUGACCCCAUGUUAACAUUUGAUGCUGUAACAGAACUCAGAGGGGAAACCAUCAUCUUCAAAGACAGGUAUAGCACAACACAAAAGAAAAUUUUUGCUUAUCAAAAAUGAUGGAAAAGGAAUCUGAUUAUUCUGUUUUAAAAUAUGAAUUUUAUACCGAUCACUGCCGCUACAUGCAGUUAACUUUCCCUCUUUUUCACAGGUUUUACUGGCGUCUCCAUCCUCAGAUGCCAGAGCCUGAGCAGACAUUGAUCAAGUCUACUUGGCCGUCCAUCCCAAACAAGAUAGAUGCUGCAUAUGAGAAUGCAGAGAAGGAUGUUGUCAUCAUAUUUAGUGGUGGGUUUUGAUAAACUUCUGUACUGACUCAAUAUAUUAUGAAGGUUCAUUAUGUGUGGACUAUAACUCCAAUCUGUUUCUAUAGGGAUCAGAAUGUGGGCUUUGAAUGGAUACAACCUUGUGGACGGUUACCCAAAAUACAUUCACAAACUUGGACUUCCUAAGAAAAUAAGGAAGAUAGACGCAGCCGUGCACAUUGGAGACACUGGAAAAACUUUGCUGUUUACUGAUGAGGACUAUUGGAGGUAUGUCAGUACACAGUUUAUUACUCAUGGUGAAGUGAACGAGCCAUCUUUUCCUCAUGUAACUCUAUUUAAAAAAAGAUAGAAUAAAAAAUCUCCUUUUUCCUGUUUGUUAUCCACAGCUACGAUGAAGCAACAGGCACUAUGGACCCCGGCUACCCACACUCCAUUGAGGAUGAUUUCCCUGGGAUGGAUGAUGAAAUUGAUGCCGCUUCUUAUCACUACGGUAACAGGAAGCCUCAAUUGCACAUUUUUGAAAAAGUUGAAAUAGAUGUAUUUCUUCUGCAUACUGUUACCAUCGAGCAGAUUUCUCUGACUGCUGUUGUGUUUUAUUGUCUUUCAGGGUACCUUUAUUUCUUCCAUGAGCAAAUGCAGUAUGAAUACAGCUACAACUCAAGAAAGGUCAUUCGCAUCAUGAGGACAAACUCCAUUCUCAACUGCUGA